UCGACCAUCCACAGUUGUGAGGUAAAUUCGACCAAACAUACACACAAAAUGAAGCUGCUGAUCUUAACUGCGUUGUUUGCGUGCGCGUGCGCCGACGUGUCGCACAUCGUGGGCGCUGGCGACAAGGACGCUCAGGUGCUCCGCCAGGAUUCCAACGUGGGAGUGGAGGGAGAGUAUAACUACGCUUAUGAGACCAGCAACGGUAUCAAAGCAGAGGAAAGUGGUUCUUUGAAGAAAAUUGAUGCUGAGACCAACGCCGAAGUGGUCCAAGGCCAGGCCAGCUGGCAGAGUCCUGAGGGAGAGACAGUCCAGCUGCAAUACGUGGCAGACGAGAACGGUUACCAGCCACAGGGAUCUCAUCUGCCCACCCCCCCUCCGAUCCCGGAGGCCAUCCUCAGGGGAUUGGAGUACAUCCGCGCCCACCCCCCACCACCGGAGAAGAACUAAAAAAUUGCCCACGAGAAGCGCGGGUCCACUACGAGCAAUAUCAACACUUCUUGUCACGUCACAGUUUGAUAUACAUUAUAUUUCGAUGGCAGUGACAGACUUGUGACAAAGUCACGUUUCAUACCAAUUUUAAUUAACUACUUCGUAGGAAUGUAAUAUUAUCCCUUUGAUUAACUUUUCGGAUGGAAGUGCCCAUAACCUUUUUACGUGCUGGAUCCGCGCCACGACACAGCAUCAGCCAAGUAUUCAUAGAUUUAGGUAAAUUUAUAUAGCGUAUUUGAAUUCAUAGAGUUACCAAAUGAUUAUGAAAGAUAUUGUUUACAUAUGUUCUGUCCUGUUCUGUCAUUCUCGUAUUUCAUAUGAAAGAGUGAGACGGAAAUAUAUUUCAACUUAAACAGGGUUAUAGUUUAGUUUUCAUGAAUAAAACUGUUAUUCAUAAAAAAAUAAAAUAAAUAGUACCUAUUUUAUUUUGAAAUGUUUUUCGUCUCUUUCCACAGACCAUUGACAGAACAAGACGAAAUUAUGUUUUUAACGAAAAUUAUUAUUACCAUUUGCCAACUUUUCUGAACAAGAAAGUACGUACCGUUCAAGCAUACUUUAUAGAUAUACAUUAAGAUGACUAAUUCAACACUCAUCUGCCAAUAAUAAUAAAAAAAAUAGGGUGAUAGCGAACUAACAAUCAAUUACUCAAAUUAUCUUGCUGUCUUUGUCUGGUAUCAUUAUUUAGACAGAGACGGCACGAUAGUUUUAUUUUUAUAACUGCAUAAAAUAAUGUUGAUAUAUUUAUUGUUUUGACAGUAACUUAGUAGUUUGAAUAGGUCUAACUCUGUAUUUGAAGGACGUUUCGUACGAUUUUAAACUCUGUGUCUGUGUUAACAACGUCGGUUUUAGCUCUUGAAUGAGAUUUCUAUGAAAUCGAAUGAUUCUGCGCGGUGCCAUUAAUUCUGUAUAAGUAUUUUUAGUUUAAUUUUGUACUUUUUUUUUAUAAAUAAAUUGACGCAAUUUUUA